UAGGAGAAUAGGUAGAAUGGACAUAUGCACUUUCCUUCUCUUCAAUGCACCGCAAGCACCACUUGCCUUCAGAUGGGAAGUACCCGUAUAUAUAAUAUAUACCUCUUAUCUAAAGUUACCUAACCUAAUAUAUAUCAAUAUAUCAUAAACGCUAUGGACGCAUUUACAUCCAUAUCCGCAUCCACAUCCACAUCCACGUCCACAUCCACACCCACAUCCACAUUUACAUACCUCACGCGCACACGCACACGCACAUACACAUACACUUCAAUACUCAUAUGAGAUCAGUAAAAGCAAUGGUAGGUAGCUACCUUUAAUCUAGACUAGGUAUAUGUACCUAUUGUAUUGUACCUAGUUAGCUAUCGGCACAAGCUUCGAAGCUACCUACCUAACAGGACAUCCACCAAUUCCCCUCGUCAACUUCACAUCAAAGGUGAAUAACCGCCCCGUAUUUAUAUGGUUAUAGGUACCUAUAUUUCACCUCAGUCAAUCGCCUCUAAUAUAGUAUUUUCUUCGCCAUGGAUCCUAAUGCCUUCUCUUUCCGAGGACGCAAAGAUUCUAAGGAAACGAGCAUCUCACCGCCACCCCCUCAACGGACAGCUUCUUCCUCGAGUGUUCACAAAUCUAGCCAUGUCCUAGGUCACAGCCAUCGCUCAAGCCUCGCGGAGAACUUGAGGGGUCUGCCGCCGUCCCCGCGAAAUCAGCGACAUCCGUCUUUCACCCAGGCCGCCCUUCAAGAAUUGCUCAAUCACCCGCCGGCUCCGAAACAGCAGAACCCUCGCUUCGCCGGGAGGGACUGGCGCGAUGUCGCAAUCGGGGAGCUCGUGUCCAAAGAUGACGUUUCCUGGGUGGAAAUGGAUACCAGCGUGCAGGAUGCCACAAUGGCCCUUCUCAAGAAUACAUCGAGCAACGUCGUCAUUAUCCGGGAGAACGCCACCAGUACCGUUCCAAUCUCCACAUUCGAUUAUAACGACUUAAACGCCUACAUCCUGGUCGUGGUCGGUUUAGCGCAUCCGACUGACGAUCUGGUGGAAUUGUACGAUUCGAUAGCGAAAAGAGCACAGGCCCGGGAUAACAUCCCGCUCCGCGACAUCCAGCCAAUCUGUCGGAAAGAAUCCCUGAUCACAUUGCAGGGAGAUGAAGACCUGGCAAAGGCGAUUGAGGUCUUCGGCAGCGGUGUACACCGGGUCCUUGUCCGCAAUCACAAUGCCGAGCUGAUCGGCAUUCUAAGCCAGCUGGAGCUUUUGGAAUUCUUCUGGAACGAAGGCAUUAACUUCCGCGUCAUCGACGAUCUUUAUCCCAAGCUUCUACGCGAAGUCAGCAUCGGCUCCCAACAGAUACUAGCUGUCAAUGCAGACAGUCCAUUGACGGAAGCUCUCAAUCUAAUGAAUCAGGAGGGUCUAUCAAGUGUGGCUGUAGUUGAUAACGCUUUGAACGUCGUCGGCAAUAUUUCCACGGCCGAUGUUAAACUUCUUACCAACUCAACUAGCCUCCCGUUACUACAAAGUUCGUGCAUGCACUUCAUAUCAGUUAUCUUGACCGAGGAUGGGGUAGAGAAAGGCAAGGAUUCGUUCCCUGUCUUCUACGUUAACCCUUACUCGACGCUCGCACACACGGUGGCCAAACUAGUUGCUACUCGUUCGCACAGGAUGUGGAUCGUGGAAUCUGCGUCUCCAUCUCCUUCGGCCCCGGGAACUCCUUCGUUAGGUCCCACCGUGUUCGUCCCGACGCCGUCUUCUUCGCAGACUUCUCUUACCGGUACUCAUUUCCCUUCGGUCCCUCCAGCAUCCACCCUACCCGGAUCUCACUUGUCUGGGCGUUUGAUCGGUGUUGUUACCUUAACGGAUAUUCUCAACCUCUUUGCAAAGUCAACGGGACUGAAUCCCACAGAUCCGAGCGAGCAGCGAGCACGUAGACGUAGGAGCUCGAGCAGUUCUGUGCGCCCGUCCAUCGAGUCUGCCCGUGCUAGUCUUGAUAUUCGGCGAUAGGGGAACAUCCAGCUAUGGUAGUGCGCGUUGUGAGGUUUAAAAGCUCAGGGGCUCGGGUUUAUUAUGACAACGAUCUUACAUAUUACGCUGUUCGGCUAUGGUUGUUGCUCUUAUCAUAUUGCAAUGAUAUUCGAUAUUUGAGUUUUCUCACCCGUCUUCAUAUUAGCAGUAGAGUGGGUGGUUUGUUGCUGAUACUUCAACUGCGCGACGUUUUUUAUUUAUUCACGGCGCAGGCAAUGACACUAAUGAGACAAUUUCCUUUGGGGGAGCUGGUAGAGUGGACUUGCUCUCCGCUCCCGUCCUCACGAAACCAUGGUCGGAGUUCUUUGGAUACAUUCGAAUAUUCUUAGCUCAUGCUUACUUUACUUUACGUCCCCCAUUACUAUUAGUUACUACGCAACGAUAAUUACCAGUUAGGGAUUAAAAAAAUUGGCUCCGAAUGAAUAUAUGUAGGGGCACUUGUUUGAUGA